GCGAGGUUAUGUUUGGUUGUCCCCAAGGAGAGGGGCCUAUUUUUGAGCUGUAGUCUUUAACCUUUGUACCUGCCUAGUUCCGAUUUGGUUGCAAUCGAAUUAACGCCCAAGAGAAAUGGCUUUAUCACAACAUUUAAGCAAAUCCAGACAAUUCCUAGCAAUUGCCAGAAACUACAGUGCGGCAGCCAGUUUAGUUAAUGUGGAAGUCAAUGAUAAAAGUGGUGUGGCGGUGGUAACUUUGCAAAGGCCCCCGGUAAAUAGCCUGAACUUGGAGCUCCUGACCGAAAUCAAACAAACCUUAACUGGCCUGGAAAAGAACAAAAGUCGCGGUGCGAUUAUCACCAGUGCGUUCAAGACAUUUUCCGCUGGACUGGACAUUCUGGAAAUGUACAAGCCCAACCCGGAUAGAGCGAAAGAGUUCUGGACCACUCUGCAAGACGUUUGGAUUUCGCUCUAUAGCGCCCAAUUUCCCACCGUUGCCUUGAUAAACGGACCCGCCCCUGCAGGGGGAUGUUUACUGUCCCUCUGCUGUGAAUACAGAAUCAUGGUCCCCAAGGCUGUUAUCGGACUCAAUGAGACUCAGCUGGGCAUUGUAGCCCCUUCAUGGUUUGCUGCCUCAAUGGAAAACGUGAUCGGGAAACGACAAACUGAGCUAGCCUUAACGACCGGCAAGCUUUUCACCACUGAUGAGGCUCUGAAAGUGGGCCUGAUCGAUGAAGUAGUCCAGACGAAGGAGGAAGGCUUGGAGAAGGCCCAGGGCUUUAUUGGGAGUUUUGCACGAAUAUCGCCGUUCGCCAGAAGUCUAUCCAAGCAAACGGUGCGAGGGGGAACAAUAAGGAGUAUGGUGAAAGGGCGCGAGGCGGAUUUACAACUGUUCUUAGCCACAAUACAGCAGGACCAAGUGCAGAAGGGCCUGGGGCUAUAUAUUGAGGCCCUGAAGAAGAAGCAGGCUGCUUAGAAUCUACUUUUAUACCGAUAUAUUUGAUAAAUUUAUUUACAUACUGUAUGUUUUCAAUAAAAUUUAUUGCAAAACCAAA